CACUUUCUUCCUCUCAGGAAGAGUAGCGCAUUCGCGGCGACCGCGACGGAUGGUGUACGAAGUGCGCCUCAAGCUGAGUGCGGACGGAGAAGGGGUACUAUGGCCGCGCCGUCCUCAAGUUGGUCCAUUGGGUCUCCUGGGUAGCUUUCGGAACCUGCCCCUACGAGCCUUCAAGAAUUCAAGUGCAGGAAACGGUGCACACGAUCUGAUAGAGCCCCCGUCGUCGUCGGCAGCAUGUCCUGUCGGCAAUGCCCGGUUUCGAUGUGUGGCAUUUUCUGUAGGCGGAGAUAUUUUUUCCGCUGUCGACGAAAAAGGUCGCGUGUUUGCGUUCUUUCCUCUACGCAAUCGAUAUGCAUUGGUGUGUCAUCUUGGCACGCCCGCGCUCGAGUGUGCGUUUUCUCCUGUGCAACGCACCGAAUUGCUCGUUACAUGUGAAGACAUGACUGUGCGCUGCGUGAACGUCCAGACGAAGGCACUCGUGAGUACCCUGCGCGGCCACCGUCAAGUUCCGACGUCCGUGUCGUUCCAGCUACCUGGUCAACUGGCGCUCACGGCGUCCGCGGACGCCGUCAUCAUGUGGAACUCUGCCAAUUGGUCUCGCUUCCGCACUCUCAAUGCAGGUCCAGGCGUCGAAGCCGCGCAGUUUGCCGGCAACGGCGAGCUCGUCGCCGUGUGUUUCCGCGAUGAUUCGAUUUUGAUGUGGGAGUUGAGUACAUUGGCGCUACAGUAUCGGUUCACGUUACCCGCGUACGAGCACCCGCCAGGCCUCAAGCGGUUCAGUGUGUCGGAGAACUGCCACGUCAUCGUCGCCAGUGGCCAGUCACCGUUUAUUUACGUGUGGGAGUUCGAAUCCCAGACCCUCGUCCGCAUCAUAGAACUGCCGGCGACGGUCCACCGCAUCGUGCAGCACGCAUUCGUCCCUACGACGGCGCACAUCAUGGGUGUUCUCGGGGAUGACGGACAGCUCAACUUUCUCAACGUGACGUCGAAGCAGCCCAAGGUGUCGCUUCAAAUCGCGCACAAAGUGAAGGCGCUGACGGCAUUUGCCAUUGAGGGCCACGGCAAGUACCUGGCAGCGUGCUCGAGCGAUGGCUGUCUUGUGUUGUACGAUCUCGACAUUGCAAGGGAAACAGCGCAUAAAGUCCAGGACAUUCGACAGCGCGCGGACGCGGAAGACUUGUCGUAUUUGCCCCAUCGAUCGGGCCUCGCUCACCGUCACCAGCAUCCAACGUCAACCUUGAUGGAGUCGCUGUUUGGGGCGCCUUACCAACCUCCCCCUACAGUGCCGAUGCAGCCUCCAGCGCCUCCUCAAGCCGAUACUGACGCUUCAAAAAUUGACGGAGCAACGGAGGCACCGCCACCUGUUAGUUCAACACCCUCGCGUCGCAAAGCUCCUCUUCAACCAUCGUUGAACCUCCACGAAUACACUGUGCAGCAUCGUCGACUGCAGCAGCUUCUUCGAUCGUACGGUCGAUUUCCUGAAAAGUAUAGGCUCCUGGCGUGGAAGUACAUAUUGCGACUCCCCAUCAACACGGCAGCGUUCGAGCAAUUGGUUGCAAAGGGAAACCACUCAACAACAACUCGCCUCCAUGACCUGUACCCGAUCCAGAACCAGCGGCUCUUUCGGCGACUGAAGCGCAUUUUGAGCGCCCUGGCCCACUGGUGCCCCGUCUACGGCGAGCUCACGACAGUGCCUGCGCUCGCGUUCCCAUUUGUUAAAGUGUGUGUGAACGACGACGUGGUCGCGUUCGAAGUUGUCCUGAGUGUGCUCGUCCACUGGGGCCGCGACUUUGUCCUGCAGUAUCCAUAUCCCCCGCGGCCCCAACUGACGCGACUCGACCAAGCGCUGCAGCAGCGCGACGCUCAGCUUCACGCGCACUUUAUGAGCCACCGCAUCACUCCAGAGGACUACGGCUGGUCCCUGGUCUCUACAGCAUUCAGCGAAGUCCUCGCGCGACACGACUGGCUGUGCUUGUGGGACAACUUGAUCGCCCACUGGGAUAAGCCUUCGUUGCUGUGGACGGCGGUCUUGGCAUAUUUGAGUCAAAUUCGCAACUCGUUGCUCCAAUCGACGACGGCAUCGGCGAUUCAAGCGUCGUUUCAUCACCAGCAGCCGCUUCAAGUCAAGCAGUGGAUCGUAACCAUGCACGCGAUCCAAUUGCCAAAGCUUGUGGACGCGGACGACUCGAACGAUGACGUCUGGUUCCCGCUGCCCCCGGGGCAGUACCCAGCGUUCACGCGGUACCCUACAUUUGUGGUAGAUUAUCAAAUCCAGGAGCGCAACAGAAUUGCGACAGAGGAAGCGGCAUUGGAGUCGAAGCGGCAGCUCUUGAGCCAAAUCGAAGCGCGGACGAGGGAGCUUGAGGCUGCCCAUGCCACGUGGAUGGACGACAAAGUCCAUAUUCUGGAGUCCGAACAGCGACGACGAAUGCAAGCCAUGCAAGCGGAGAAGGCGCGGUUGAUGGAACUCAAUAUUCUACAUGCACAAACGCGGGACCGACGACUGCAACAAAUUGCCUUGAUGGAGCAGAGAGCAAAAGAAGCGCUGCGUGAAACAACCAAGAUCCUCCAAGCGGAACACGAUCGAUGGCUCGAUGAGCUCAACGUCCACUCGGAGAAGGAAAAGAUGCGCAGCCAGCAGCAAAUGGACGAAGAAGAGUUGACACGACUCGAAUUCGAUGCCCAUCGCCGCGUGGCCGAGCUUACGAAGGACCGCGAGCGUGAAGAGCGCUUGCAGCAGAUGCGACUCGAGUUCUUUGCCCAACUGCGCGAACAAGACCUGCAUGAUCAAAUGGUAUUUGACGGUUGGAAAGACGAAGACAACAGAGAAAUUGCCGCGCAGAACGAGGCACGGGAACGUUUGGCCGCCAAGCAACUACGUCGCGAAGAGGCCAAGCUGCGCUACGAAUGGCGGACAAAGUUCAACGAGCAGCGCAUGCAAAAGCAGCGGCAAAUGCAAAUGUUAGCGCAGGAACGGGCGCGACGGCGCGCCAGCGCACCCAUAGUAGCUGAGGACAAUGACGACGAUGAUGUCGAUGGAAGCGACGUUGAAUUCAAAUCAAGAGACAGUGAGGUGCAUGGACCAUCAUCCGACCAGCCACGCCCGACCGCAUCCAGCACACCAUCCCCAAACGAUAUGAAUACGGAGAAACAGAGAGAUCCCUCGGCUCCACUGCACCAACGCAACACUCGUCGCAACGCGUCACUGGGGAACCCAUCCGACCCAACGCCGUCUGCUCCCGUGGCCUCCGAAUCCACCCCGUGGCAAACUGGCAGAAUUGAGACCCAGCCCCCUGCUGAUUGCAGCCCGACUGUUGCAGCAAAACCAGAUUUUUCAAGACUGCAAGGGAACGAGACAGUCUCACAACGCCCACGGCGCACGCCAUCGUCGUCUUCGAGCGUUGGAAGCAGCCGUGCGUCAUCGUUCAAAUGGAAUGACCACGAGAUAUUGCAGCGUGCACUCGACGACAUAAGCAGUGACGAAGACGACGUUGUUGUGUCGCCUUCGCCCUUCCGCAAAGAGACCACGACUCCCCAGAUAAGUCAGCUCGAACAUGACUUGCGCGCCGAGUUUUCGGACCUCAGCAACGACGACCGAGAGAGCCUCGAGCAGCGCCCGUUGUCGGAACUUGAGCGAGACCUGGACGACCUUCUCGGCGACGUUUCCGAUGAUGACGAACGCAACGAUGCGGGGAAGGAUGCAGCGCCGAGCGUGGCAUCGACGACGGGAGAUCUGAACUCGUUGCUAGAGCAUGUGAGGGAGCCGCCGCUGGUCGUGCAGGCCACGAACACCACCGCAUCGACACCACCACCAACUAGGACGACGACUGAGAAGGAUUCUCGUCGCACGGACACGACAAGAAAGCUGCAGCAGCUGCGGUCGAAGCUCUCGGAUUUGGAAGCCAUGGCGUCCAAGGCCAUUCCGGUCGAGGUCGAAGAAAAGUUCGAGGCUGGUGCCUCAAGAAACAAAGGCGAGCAUGCGAAACUCAUGGAGAGAGCCAAGGAACUGUUAGAGCAACAUGCUGCGAGGCUGAAAGGAUAGGUAUUAUAUGGCAUAUCAAACCGUGUUUGGGAUGGCAUCUAAUGCAAUGGGACGCACCCACGGUGUGACCCGCACGUUGUGAGUUGGCCGUCGUGAGUUGGGCACAUUGCUCCUGCGACGGGUUGGUGCAUACGUCCCUCG